AUGCCGUCGGAGCUCCAGCGACCGGCGAGAUCGGCCGUCUCUGGAGGAUCUCGUCGAGACUCGAGCCCAGACUCGUUGAUCUUCACUCCGGAAUCCAACCUCAGCUUCUUUUCCUCCGCCUCCGUCAGCGUCGAUCGCUCCUCUCCCACCUCCGAUGCUCACGACCGCGACUCUCUCGUCUCCGCUCCCUCCCUGGAGCGAGAUCAACGGGAUCCAGAUCCAGAGAAGCGUGGAACUGGGUGGAAGCACAGUCGCAACUCUAGAAAAUCAAAUAAAGUGAAAGCUUGGAAAGAAGAGUUUGAGGUGGUGAAUAAAGAAGAUGAGAGCCAGAAUCUUGAUUCAGCAAGAAGUUCUUUCUCUGUAGCUCUUAGAGAAUGUCAGGAACGUAAAUCAAGAUCUGAAGCUCUGGCGAAAAAGCUAGAUAACCAAAGGCCUACUUCACUGGAUAUUAGUAAUGUAACCUCUUCAUCUCCGCGAGUGGUGACCGUGAAACGAGCUUCGGUUUCGACUAAUAAAUCAAGUGUGUUUCCCAGUCCCGGAACUCCGACUUAUCUCCAUGGUAUGCAAAAGGGAUGGAGCUCAGAGCGAGUAGCGUUACGCUCAAACGGAGGGAGAAGUCCACCAAAUGCUGGAUUUUUACCUUUGUAUAGCGGUAGAACAGUUCCUUCGAAAUGGGAAGACGCAGAGAGAUGGAUACUUAGUCCUCUUGCUAGAGAAGGAGCUCCUCGAACUUCGUUUACCGCAUCACAUGAAAGACGGCCUAAAUCGAAGAGUGGUCCUUUAGGGCCUCCAGGAGUUUCAUAUUAUACAUUGUAUUCUCCUGUUGUUCCUAUGGUCCAUGGUGAGAACUUGACAGCGAGCUCUCCGUUUUCAGCCGGUGUUUUGCCAGGAAACGGCUGCUCUAGAGGUUCCGGUGUAUCAGCGUUUCCGCAGAGAACUGAUCACUGCAUGGCUAGAUCAGUUAGCAUUCAUGGCUGCUCUGAAACUCUUGCACCCUCGUCGUCGUUAUCUCAAGAUGACAUGCAUGAGAGUAUUAAGGAUGCGGCUACUGAUGCUAGAGCUGUCUCGAGAAGGGACAUGGCGACACAGAUGAGUCCAGAGGGAAGCAUCCGUUUAUCACCUGAGAGACAGUGUUCGUUCUCUCCGUCCUCAACAACAGCACGAUCGAUUGUGGAGAUACUGAAUGCUCGUACCAAACGAGCAGAGGUCAAGGACUUGCAGGUUGAUGAGAAAGUAACAGUAACUCGCUGGUCAAAGAGACAUAGAGCUCUAUACCAUGGAGAUACCUCAAAAAUGCGUGACCAUUUACACGGAGAAGCUAGGGAUCCUCAAGGCUUGGCAUGGGCUAAGACCGAGGAAGCCAGAAUCGUAUCUUGGGAAAAUUUGCAGAAAGCUAAAGCCGAGGCAAAAAUUAAAAAGCUAGAGAUGAAGUUGGAGAAGAAAAGAACAUCAUCAAUGGAAAAAAUAAUGAGAAAAGUGAAAGCAUCUGAGAAGAAAGCAGAGGAGAUGAGAAAGUCGGUGUCAGACAAUCGAGUAGUAUCAAACGCAUCAUCCCGUGAAAAGUCUUUAUGUUUCAGAAGAAAUGGGAAGAAGAAGAUUGUUUCCUUGAGUGGUUGCUUCACCUGCCAUGCCAUUUUUUCCAAGAAAAGACGGUGA